UUUUCAGCAAAUAAUUUUGUGGUUGCUUCGUUCCGUUCCGAACUCAUGUAAAAUUUAAAGAACAACGGUUCACGCUAACUUGAUGUAAUUACAACAUAACUAAAUAAUAGCUUAGUAUAAUUGUGAGUGGAAGUAAUUAUUGAAUUUGUUCGCAUCAAAUAAAAGUGAAAAAAAAUAGUCUAUUUUAUUUUACAGAACGCUUGUGCGUAUUUCCUAGACGCCGGUAGUGUUAUCUUGCAUUUUUAGAAAGAUAUCGUAACAAUGGUUAACCGCUUGGAUCAAUUGGUGCAAUUGCAUAAAAUGUUGAUGCAAGAAUUGCUUGAAGUACAAUGCUGUGCUGAACGAUAUCUCCAAGGCAGCUGUAAAUUAAUUGACAUGCUUAAAGAACAAUGGCCUCAUAGGUCUGAAGACAAUGGCUUAAUUGCGUACGACUCUCUGGUAACAAGCAUUACAAAUAUUAUGAAUAUGGCAAGAAAAUUUAAUCUGCUAUUGCAAUUAAAUCAGCCAACCAAACACAAGGGUAAGCUAGUGAACGAAAUACUUGAACAAUUGACUUUAGACGAAAAGGAAGAAGAGACUGACGAAGUUGACAGUAUAUCAAGUGAAAUAGACGAAUCUGACGAUUUUAUCUACCCUAAACAUAACAUCAACACCAUGUAUCAAGUGAAUGACAUUAUAAAGGCUUCGAUUACCUACGUAAAGGACGCAGAAUCCUUAAAAUUUUUUAUAAUCGACUUGCAUCGAUCUCACGCUGAAAAAGUUAAAGAAAUUGCCCAAUCACUACAACUUUAUCAAUAUCAUGGAGUUCCCCCGGAGAGUGAAGUAUUCGGCUUAGUUUUAGAUAAUCGCAUUUUGAGAGCAGUGCGCUCUUCCAAGUCAUCGUAUGAUGCAGAAUUAGACGAGGAAUUUUGGUCUUGCUAUCUAUUGGAUUUCGGUGAAAUUGUACAGUUGCAGUCAAAAGAUAUGAUGUAUAAGCUAUGCGAAGAACAAAGACAAACGCCAGCUCAAGCUAUACCAUGUCAAUUAAGAAAGACCACUGAGAACCAACAAGAAUUGCAAAGUAAAUUGAGAGAUUUAGAAUAUAAAUCUGUAAUCCUAAAAGUCGUAAGCGUAAACAAUGACGAUAUCCAAGUGGAGUUAAUCGAAGACAAUAGUACGGCUUUAUGCACUGAUGUGAAAUCGCAAGAAAGUAAACCCUUACUUCAAAACGGAAAAUUCAAUCCUAACGACCUAAACCAGGAGGACUUAGAUAUUCUCUAUGAUGAACCUUUAUGCACCUCAAAUGCUAUGAAAGCUGUUAUGGGUUAUGAUCCCCAAGAUGACAAACGUAUUUGCCGUUUCUAUAAUCCAAAAACCGGCGCUUGCUUCAAGGGCGCCAAUUGCAAACAGGAACAUACACCUAAACAUCCUGAUGGAUGGACUAAAGACAUUGUUCUUUCAACUGCAUAUGAUCAAAUUCCGGAAAUAAUAUAUAAUAAGGGGGAUAUUAUUACGAUUACGCCUACUAAUGUGGCAGAGUUGGAGUUUUUUCAUGCUCAAAUCAACGGGUCCGGCCAAUCUAAAACCCCUUUAAUAUGGAAUGAUGAUGACGUACCUUCUUGGAAACGUUUGCAGAGACCACCAUUUGUUUUUGAGACGGUUUUGGCGAAAUAUGACGACGGAUUUUGGUAUCGAGCCAGAAUUUUGACGCACGAUGAUGACUACAAAAUAUUUAAGGUAUUCUACGUAGACUAUGGCAACGAGCAGCUUGUUCAUUUGCGUAGUAUGGCCAAAUGUGAUCAUUCCAUAGCGCGUAUACCGUGCCAGGCCGUAUUGUUUCGCAUAGCCGGUAUUAAAACUGCUAAUAUCACCCCUGAGGAACACAGAGUUAGUACGGCUAAGCUUUGUCAACUAAUUUUAAAUCAAACAAUGGAAGUGCAAGUGCUUGCACAUAAAGAACAUUUGAUGAUUAGUUUCCUGGAAAACCGUUUCAGCACUAUUCCGAAAAUGCUUAUCGAAAUGGGUUGUGCGGUACCACUUGAAUCCUGAUCCUGAAAUGGUUCUGAUGACGCAUUUCUUUCAAACAAAAAACGUGAAGAAGAAAAAUAUUAGGCUUUUGAAUGGUUUCGUAAAAGUAUUUGAGAGAAAAAUCCUUCGUAAAAUAGAUAAUAAGUAAAUGAUGUGUGUCUUUUAUAAAAUAUUUUAUAAAAUCACGUCUUAUUCUAUAUAUUUUUUGAAUACGUAGAUACUAUAACCACGAUCUUAUUUUUAUUUGGCUAAUUACAUAUUUACAUCAUGAUUUAUUUGGUACUUUAAACGAAUUUAAAAUAUUUGUACAAUUCAAGUGCGGAAUUUUUUUUUAUAUUAUAUCACAUUUUAUUUUCAAUUACGUAUUAAAUAUAUUUUUUAUACAUUUUAUAGCUCAAUACAGAGCAAACUUCCUGAUAAAACAAUGAUGUUUGCCGGUACAAAAGAAUUUUAUUGUGUAAAUGAAAGUAUUUCCUAAGAUAUUAAAUUGGUGAAGGAACAAAAACACAAAUAUCUUAACAGAUAAAUUAAAAAAAUCAUUUGAUUCGGGAAACUAAUUGAUACAUAUUUUUGUUCUCAGAAGAGUGUACUUUUGUUAGUUUACUUGCAUGAAAUAAAUUGAACGAAUUUUGUAACUAUUAGAUGUUUGCCACAUUUGCCACAUUCUCUGUGACUGCCUUAACUUUACCUUGGCUAGAAAUAUUGCAUUUGGAACGAUCAACUCAA